UGAAUUUCUGCUAGUGAUUCCUACUGGACUUUAAGCAAGCACCUAAGGACAUCCUAAAGCGUAAACAUGGUUGAGUGGACAGAUGCCGAGCGCACAGCCAUCCUUGGCCUGUGGGGAAAGCUCAAUAUCGAUGAAAUCGGACCUCAGGCCCUAUCCAGAUGUCUGAUCGUGUACCCCUGGACUCAGAGAUAUUUCGCCACAUUUGGCAACCUGUCAAGCCCCGCUGCGAUCAUGGGUAACCCCAAAGUGGCCGCUCACGGAAAGACUGUGAUGGGAGGUCUCGAGAGAGCCAUCAAGAACAUGGACAACAUCAAGAACACCUAUGCCGCCCUCAGUGUGAUGCACUCUGAGAAACUGCAUGUGGAUCCCGACAACUUCAAGCUUCUCGCUGACUGCAUCACCGUUUGCGCUGCCAUGAAGUUCGGCCAGGCUGGUUUCAAUGCUGAUGUCCAGGAGGCCUGGCAGAAGUUUCUGGCUGUGGUCGUUUCCGCUCUGUGCAGACAGUACCACUAGAGUCUCAUCGCCAAUGAAAGCCAGGUGUAUUGGAGAAGAUCACACCGCGCGGAGCUGUUUAAGCAAAGAUCUAACUCUUUUACAAGAUCAAUAAAAUAAUGUUAAAAGCA